GAGACCGCUCUCGAGAAUGUUUUUAAGAAAGAUCAGAUGGUCGGACUUGUGGGUGUCGUCGCACGACAAGUCGAGCGACUUCUACUUGUGCGCGUGGCAGCGGGGCUCGUCGCCGUGGCCGCUGGCGUGCGUGCGGGCGGCGCUGGCGGCGGCGGGCGCGGCGGUGCUGGCGUGGUCGCUGGCGGGCGGCGGCGGCGCCGGCCCGCGCUGGCUCAUCUACCUCACCAACUGGGGGCUGCUGCUGGUGGAGGCCGCGGCGCUCGCCGGCUUGCUAGUGUCCUGCCGCGCCCUCUGCAGGAGACCCCCAGAAGAAUCGACGACGGCAUGGAUGGCGCUGUACUGGCUGCUGUUCAACGUGGCGCAGACGGUGGCGCUCGCCAUCACCGUGCUGUACUGGCUGCUGCUGUACGACCCCGAGACGACGGUGUACCCCACGGCGGAGGCGCUGGGGCGCGACGUGGCCACGCACGCGCUCAACUCGGUGCUGACGCUGGCCGAGCUGCUGGCCGCUCGCACCCCGGCGCGCGUGCUGCACGCCUGGCAGCCGCUGCUACUGGCAACAGGCUACGUCGCCUUCAGCGCCGUCUACUACGCGGCCGGCGGCACUAAUAUGUUCGGCGAGUCGUUCAUCUACCCGAUGCUGGACUGGUCGGCGCCGGCGGCGGCGGGCGGCGUGGCGGGCGCGGCGCUGGCGGGCGCGCUGGUGCUGCAUCUCCUCGUGUGUGCGCUGGCGCGCGCGCGCUCCGCCGCGGCCGCGGUGCUGCUGCGCCCGGGCACGAGCGGCCGGGACCGAGGGACGAGGCUACCGUGAGACCUGUGUAAAGGCCUAUG